AGAGAGCAAUGAAUUGCUUUGAAACAGUUCAGGAAAAUUAUAUAGAUAUUGAUAUGGAACUUGAACCAAUAAAGGAUGCAUAUGCUUUGCUCUUGAAAUUUAAUUUUCCUGUUGAUUUAGAUGAAGUCGAAAAGGCCAAAAGUUUAUCAAAUGCAUUGGAUUCCUUACUUAAAAAAGCAAGACAAGUUGCAAAUGAGCUUGCUGAUGACCAAUAUGAAUAUCUAGCUAUGCUUAAGCAAUUCGUUGAAACUUUCAAAGUUGAUGUUGUUGAAUUUAACGAUGACUAUCAAGAGGCAGGGCCAAUGGUUGCUGGAAUAACACCUGAAGAAGCAAGUAAACGAGUUGAUAUGUUUGCUGAUCGACUUGACAAACUUUACAGUAGAUAUGAAAGCUACAGAAAUGGAGAGGAACUUUUUGCCCUUCCUAUUUCAGAAUACCCUACUCUAACUCAAACGAAAAAAGACAUGGUUCUUUUACAAAAGUUAUUUGCAUUAUUUAAUCAAGUGAUGAAAAAAAUAACAAGUUAUUAUGAGUUGUCUUGGAAAGAUGUUGAUGUGCAAGUAAUGACUGAUGAGUUAACUGAUUUUCAGACCAAAUGCAUGAGACUUCCAAAAGGAUGCAAAGAUUGGAGUUACUUCAAUAUACUAAAACAACGAAUCGAAGACUUUAAGGACACAUGCCCAUUGCUGACUCGCUUACGAAAUGAAGCGAUGACCAUGAACCACUGGAAAAGAAUUGAGAAAGUAUGCAAUCAUAAAUUCGAUGAAGAUCAGUCAAAGUGGACUCUUGGCACAGUUAUGGAAGCUCCUUUGUUGGUAUUUAAAGAUGAUGUUGAGGAUAUUUGCAUUGCUGCUGAGAAAGAAAAAGAGAUUGAAGCCAAGCUGAAUCAAAUCUUUGCUGAUUGGGCUGUGGAAAACUUAUACUUUUCACAUUUCAAAAAUCGUGGCGAGUUAUUACUUAAAGGUACUGAGGCAGGUGAAACUACAAUUAAACUUGAAGAUGGAUUGAUGACUCUUGGAUCUCUUCUAAGCAACAGGUAUUCAGCUGCAAUGAAAGAUGUUAUUCUAAAAUGGUUGCAUUAUCUUACCACGGCCACUGAGGUUAUUGAAAACUGGCUAAUAGUACAAAAUCUUUGGGUCUAUUUAGAAGCUGUAUUUGUUGGAGGGGAUAUUGCCAAGCAACUUCCAAAAGAAGCAGAAAGAUUUGCAAUUAUUGAUUCAACUUGGGUAAAAUUGAUGGAGAGAGCUCGAGAAAAAGUCAAUGUAAUAAAAUGCUGUGCUGAAGAUGAUACCAUGAGUAAAGCAUUACCACAUUUGCUAGAAGAACUGGAAGCUUGUCAGAAAUCACUUGUGGGGUAUUUGGAAAGCAAGCGAAGAAUAUUUCCCCGUUUCUUCUUUAUAUCAGAUCCAGCUUUGCUAGAAAUUUUGGGUCAAGCAAGUGAUUCACACACUAUUCAGGCUCAUUUACUUGGAGUUUUUGAAAAUGUUUUUAAAGUAAAAUUUGAUCCUGAUGAUUAUAAUAAAAUCACAGCAGUUAUAUCAAAGGAAGGUGAUGAAAUCCCUCUUGAUAGGCCAGUAAGGGCAGAAGGAAAUGUCGAAUUAUGGCUUGGUGAUCUACUUGUUGUUCAGCAGAUGUCUCUGAAUACUGUUAUUAAGGAUGCGUUUAGAAGUCUAAAUGAAGACGACUUUGAUCUCAUAACGUUUAUAGAUAAAUAUAUAGCGCAGGUAGCACUUUUAGGCAUACAAAUUAUCUGGACCAGAGAUGGAGAAGAAGCUUUAACUUAUGCCAGAGCCAGUAAGAAAAUAAUGAGUUUCACCAAUAAAAAGUUUGGAGAAAUCUUGAGAAAACUCAUUGCUCAGACGACUCUUGAUCUUUCAAAAUUCGUUAGAGUGAAAUAUGAAACACUGAUUACAAUUCAUGUUCAUCAGAAAGACAUUUUUGACGAUUUGGUCAGAAUGAAAAUUAAGACACCAACUGAUUUUGAAUGGCUUAAACAGGCUCGCUUUUAUUAUUUUCUUGAUGAAGGCAUGUGCUUGGUUAAAAUAACUGAUGUGGAUUUUAUUUAUCAAAAUGAAUUUCUUGGCUGUACUGAUCGAUUAGUUAUAACUCCACUUACUGACAGGUGUUAUAUAACAUUAGCUCAAGCUUUGGGCAUGAGCAUGGGUGGUGCUCCUGCCGGUCCUGCUGGAACUGGUAAAACUGAAACUACAAAAGAUAUGGGAAAAGCCCUGGGAAAGUAUGUUGUUGUAUUUAAUUGCUCUGAUCAAAUGGACUUCAGAGGUCUGGGCCGUAUUUACAAAGGUCUUGCUCAGUCUGGUUCAUGGGGUUGCUUCGAUGAAUUUAAUAGAAUUGAAUUACCUGUUUUAUCCGUGGCUGCUCAACAAAUUUCCAUUGUGUUAUCUGCUAGAAAAGAAAAGCAAGAAGAGUUUGUUUUCUCUGAUGGUGAUAUUCUUGGAUUGAAUCCUGAAUUUGGAUUAUUUAUCACAAUGAAUCCUGGCUAUGCUGGUAGACAAGAAUUACCAGAAAAUCUAAAAGUAAUGUUUCGAAGUGUAGCAAUGAUGGUUCCUGACAGACAGAUCAUUAUGCGAGUAAAACUUGCCAGUUGCGGUUUCCAAGAAAACAGUAUUCUUGCAAGGAAGUUUUUUGUAUUAUAUAAACUUUGUGAGGAGCAGCUUACAAAACAGGUCCAUUAUGAUUUUGGAUUAAGAAACAUUUUGUCUGUGUUGCGAACACUUGGAGCUCAAAAGCGUUCCAGACCAGAAGAAAGUGAAUCAUCCAUCGUGAUGAGCGUACUUAGUUCUAUGAAUCUUUCUAAAUUGGUUGAUGAAGACGAACCUUUAUUUGAAAGUCUUAUCAAUGAUCUUUUCCCUGGCAUUACCAAAGAAGCAGUGGAAUAUGAAGAGCUGCAAGUUGCUAUCGCUCGUCAAGUUAAGGCAGCUAAUUUAAUUAAUCAUCCACCUUGGAAUUUAAAAGUUAUCCAGUUGUAUGAAACUCAAAUGGUACGGCAUGGUAUGAUGGCUCUUGGCCCCAGUGGUGCUGGGAAGACAUGUUGUAUCAGAAUCCUUAUGAGAGCCAUGACAGACUGUGGAGCUCCACACAAAGAAAUGAGGAUGAAUCCUAAAGCAAUUACAGCAUCUCAGAUGUUUGGCCGCUUAGAUGUUGCAACAAAUGACUGGACUGAUGGUAUAUUUUCUACUUUAUGGCGAAGAACUUUGAAAGCCAAAAAAGAUGAACAUAUAUGGCUAAUAUUAGAUGGCCCAGUUGAUGCAAUUUGGAUCGAAAAUCUGAACUCUGUAUUGGAUGACAAUAAAACUUUAACUUUGGCAAAUGGAGAUCGUAUUCCAAUGUCUCCAACUUGCAAAAUUAUUUUUGAGCCACAUAAUAUUGAUAAUGCUUCUCCAGCAACUGUAUCUAGAAAUGGGAUGGUUUAUAUGAGCUCUUCUGGUCUACUUUGGGAACCCAUCCUCGAAGGCUGGCUUAGUUUACGUUCACCUGCUGAAGCAACUAUAUUAAGAGGUCUUUUUGGAAAAGUUUUUGCACCUUUAUGCCAGUAUGUAUUGUUAUCUUUAAUUCCCAAAAUGGAAUUACUUGAAUGCAACUAUAUAAAACAAGCAAUGGAUUUAUUGGAUGGAUUGUUGCCAACUGAUAGUGAUAUAAGUAAUGUUCAUUACGAAAGAAUUUUCAUUUUUGCUUUGAUGUGGUCUUUUGGAGCUCUUCUAGAAUUGGAAGAUCGUAGUAAAAUGGAAGCAUUUCUUGUAAAGCAUAAACCUAAACUUGAUUUGCCUAAAAGAGUUCCAGCUGCAAAAGAAACCAUAUUUGAAUAUCUUGUUGAUUCUGAAGGUAAUUGGUUGCAUUGGUCCAAUCGUGUUGAGGAAUAUAUAUAUCCAACAGACAGUGUGCCUACAUUUUCGUCGAUUCUUGUUCCAAAUGUUGAUAAUGUCAGAACAAAUUUCCUUAUUGAUACCAUAGCAAAACAACAAAAGUCUGUGCUAUUGAUUGGGGAGCAGGGAACUGCAAAAACUGUGAUGAUCAAAGGUUAUUUGAAUUCUGCAGAUCCUGAAGAAUAUACAUGGAAAAACCUAAGUUUUUCAUCUGCCACAACACCAGAGAUGUUCCAAAGAGCCGUAGAAAGUAUUAUUGAGAAGAAAGUUGGAACAACAUAUGGUCCUCCUGGUGGGAAAAAAAUGACAAUAUUUAUUGAUGACAUCAAUAUGCCUGAAAUUAAUGAGUGGGGAGAUCAGGUUACAAAUGAAAUAGUAAGGCAACUGAUGGAAAAUAAAGGAUUUUAUAGUUUGGACAAACCUGGAGAUUUCACUACUAUUGUGGACAUUCGAUUUGUAGCAGCUAUGAUUCAACCAGGAGGAGGUAGAAAUGAUAUCCCAAGUCGUCUAAAGAGACAGUUUUCAGUUUUUAAUUGCACUCUGCCAGCUGCUGCUUCUAUCGAUAAAAUAUUUGGUAUAAUUGGAUCUGGUUAUUUCUGUGUAGAACGAUUUUCAGAAGAAAUAGUAGAAUUUAUAAGCUAUUUUGUACCUGCCACUAGAAUUUUAUGGCAAGAUACAAAGGUUAAAAUGCUUCCAACUCCAGCAAAAUUUCAUUAUAUAUUUAAUCUCCGUGAUCUGUCACGUAUUUGGGAAGGAAUGUUGAAAGUAGAAAGAAAUGAAUGUGCAACUAAACAGGACCUAUUAGCUCUAUGGAAGCAUGAAUGUACAAGAGUUAUUGCUGACAGAUUUACAAAUGAUGAAGAUAAAGAAUGGUUUCUCAAAAAGAUGAGUGAUGUUGUUGCAAAUGAACUUGGGCAACAGUAUCUUGAAAUUUUGCCUGAAGAACCUUAUUUUGUGAAUUUCAUGAGAGAUCCUCCAGAACCAGAAGAGGAAGAAGCUGAAGUUUCUCUUGAAAUGCCACUUAUCUAUGAGCAGAUUCCUUCUUUUGCAGAAUUAUCAGAUCGCUUAACUUAUUUCAUGCAUCAGUAUAAUGAAGGAGGUCAAAGAAUGCCCAUGGAUCUGGUAUUUUUUAAAGAUGCAAUGGUGCAUUUGAUCAAAAUUUCUCGAAUCAUAAGCACACCUCAAGGAAGUGCACUCUUAGUUGGUGUUGGUGGCUCCGGGAAACAAUCCCUCACUCGUUUAGCAGCUUCUAUCUAUAAAUAUGAAAUAUUUCAAAUAACUUUGACUCGAUCUUAUAAUGUUGGUAAUUUGGUAGAUGAUCUGAAGUUUCUAUAUAAAAAAGCAGGUGAAGAAGGUAAAGGAGUAACUUUCAUUUUUACUGACAAUGAAAUAAAAGAAGAAGCGUUUUUGGAAUAUCUGAAUACUAUUCUUGGCUCAGGAGAAGUUGCUAGUUUAUUUCCUAAAGACGAACUGAGAGAAAUUAUGGAUAACCUAUUACCUGUAAUGAAAAAAGAAUUGCCUAAAAGAGAGCCUACACAAGAUAACUUAUAUGAUUUUUUUCUAAGCAGAUCCCGAGCAAAUCUGCAUAUAGUUUUAUGCUUUUCUCCUGCAGGUGGUAAAUUUCAAAAGCGAUCACUGAAAUUCCCUGGUUUGAUUUCUGGCUGCACUAUGGAUUGGCUGACAUCAUGGCCAACUGAUGCUCUUAUUGCUGUGUCUACACAUUUUAUACGACAGUUUGAUAUUGAAUGCUCGCCUGAUGUUAAAAUACAACUUAUGGAGGCUAUGGGUAUCAUACACGAUACCGUUUCUUAUGAGUGUAAUGAGUAUUUCCAAAGGUAUCGAAGAUUGACGUAUGUGACACCUAAAUCCUAUUUGGCAUUCAUUAAUGGUUACAAAGCAAUAUAUAAUGAGAAGAAAACUGAUAUAAGUGGGCUUGCCUCUCGUAUCAAUAGUGGUUUGACUAAGCUUCAAGAAGCUACUAUCAGUGUCAAUGAGCUUAAAGUUGAAUUAGCAAUUAAAGAAAAAGAUCUUGUUGUUGCAAGUGCUGAAGUGGAUGAAGUUGUUAUUGAUGUCAAAAAGAAAACAGAAAGUGCAGAAGUUAUUAAGAAUUCUGUUCAAAUCGUGAAAGAUAGAGCACAGAAAAUCGUAGAUAAAAUUUCAGUAGAGAAAGCAAUUGCUGAAGAAAAACUUGAAGCUGCUAGGCCAGCUCUAGAAGCAGCCGAAGAAGCACUACUGACCAUCAAACCUGGAGAUAUUGCAACAGUCCGAAAGUUGCCCAAACCACCUCACCUUAUCAUGAGAAUAAUGGAUUGUGUAUUAAUACUUUUUCAAGAACCUAUGAAACCUGUUAUUCCAGAUCCUGAACGACCGUGUCCAACGCCUUCAUGGGAAAUGUCUUUGAAAGUUAUGAGUAGUGGAGCUUUUUUAGGCAAUCUACAGGCAUUUCCAAAGGAUAAUAUCAAUAAUGAAAUGGUUGAGCUAAUGGAACCUUACAUAUCUAUGCCAGAUUACACUUUGGAAUCAGCAUUGAAAACUUGUGGGCAAGUAGCUGGCCUGCUCUCUUGGACUUUAGCUAUGGCUAGCUUUUUUGCUGUAAAUAAAGAAGUUUUGCCUUUAAAAGCCAAUUUAGCUUUGCUGGAAGCACAAAAUGCCAAAGCAUCUAAAGAAUUAGCUGUUGCACAAGCAGAACUAGAUGAAAAGCAAGCUGAAUUGGAUGCUGUGAAUGCUAUAUAUAAUGAAGCUAUGGCUAAGAAACAAGAUUUGGAAGACACAGCUGAAACAUGCAAACGUAAAAUGAUUGCCGCAGAGGCACUCAUAGCUGGAUUGCAAGGAGAAAAAGCUCGAUGGACAGAAGAUAGUAAACGUUUCCAAAGUCAGAUAAACAGACUGGUUGGUGAUGCUAUUUUGUUAGCUGCUUUCUUGUCAUAUUGUGGCCCAUUUAAUCAAGAAUUUCGUAUUAUGCUUUUUGAUUCUUGGAGAAAAGAGCUUGAAAAUAGAGAGAUUCCUUACACAGAAGAUUUAAAUUUGAUUAACGACCUAACUGAUGCCCCUACUAUUGCUGAUUGGGGUGUUCAAGGUUUACCUAAUGAUGAAUUGUCUUUACAAAAUGGAAUAAUUGUGACCAAAUCUGAAAGAUAUCCCUUACUGAUUGAUCCCCAGGGACAAGGAAAAUCUUGGAUUAUAAAAAAGGAAGAAAAAAAUCAAUUGAUUGUUUCAAACUUGAACCACAAAUUUUUCCGUCAAUUUUUUGAAGAUGCAUUAUCUCAGGGACGACCACUUUUAAUUGAAGAUGUUGGUGAAGAGCUUGAUCCUGUAUUAGAUAAUGUAUUGGAUAAAAACUUUGUCAAAUCAGGUACCAUAUUAAAAGUCACAGCUCGAACAUCAGUUAUAGAUUUUACUGUCACUAUGAAAGGGCUUGAAGAUCAGUUGUUAGGACGAGUAAUCCUUGCAGAAAAACAAGAACUUGAAGCUGAAAGAGUUGCUCUGUUAGAAAAUGUUGCCUCUAACAAGAGAAAAACUAAAGAGCUGGAGGACAAUUUACUGCAUAAACUGGCUACUACAGAGGGAUCUUUAGUUGAUGAUGAAUCACUUAUUGAAGUUUUAAAAAUUACAAAAGAAACAGCUGCUGAUGUAGCUAAACAAUUGGAUAUUGCCGAUUCCACCAACAAAAUGAUUAAUCUUGCAAGAGAAGAAUACCGACCUGUUGCUUCCAGGGGUAGCAUUCUUUACUUUCUUAUUUGUGAUAUGGCCAUGGUAAAUGUUAUGUACCAGACUUCCUUGGUCCAAUUUCUAGGAAUAUUUGAUAUUUCUCUAGAAAGGUCUGAAAAAUCUCCAAGAGCUGCCGUGCGCAUUGAAAAUAUUAUUCAAUUUCUGACAUUUGAAGUAUUCAAAUAUACUUGCCGUGGCCUUUAUGAAAUUCAUAAGUUUCUUUUUACUUUGCUGUUAACUAUAAAAAUUGAUCUGGCUGAAAAUAAAAUCACACAUGAAGAAUUUGGGAUCUUUAUCAAAGGUGGUGCUGCAUUAGAUUUAAAAGCUGUGGAGCCUAAAACUUGUAGAUGGGUGACAGAUAUGACUUGGCUAAAUUUAGUUGCUCUUACUCAGCUAGAUUAUUUUAGGGAAAUUCUAGUGAAAGUGAAGCGCAAUGAGAAACAGUGGAAAACAUGGUAUGAGAAAGAUGCUCCUGAAGAAGAAGUUAUACCUGAUGGUUAUGAUAGUCUAAAUUCUUUCAGAAAAUUACUUUUAAUCAGAUCCUGGAGUCAAGAUCGCACUCUAGCGCAAGCUAGGAAAUAUGUUGCUGAUUCUAUGGGUCAGAGUUAUGCAGACCCUGUUAUUUUAAACAUGGAUGAUAUGUGGGCUGAAAGCACUCCACGUUCUCCUCUUAUCUGUCUUUUAACAAUGGGAUCUGAUCCAACUCAACAAAUAGAAUCUCUUGCUAAACAAAAAGAUUUAUACUUUGGAGCAAUCUCUAUGGGCCAAGGACAAGAAGUGCAUGCCAGAAAGCUUAUGAAUAAUAAUAUGGAAAAAGGUGGUUGGAUGUUGCUUCAGAACUGUCAUUUAGGUCUUGAUUUUAUGGACGAACUUCUGGAUAAAAUAUUGACAACUGAAAACAUUGAUGAAACAUUCAGAUGCUGGAUUACUACAGAAGUUCAUGAAAAAUUCCCAAUAUCACUGCUUCAGGCUUCUAUUAAAUUCACUAACGAACCACCUCAAGGCAUAAGGGCUGGUUUAAAACGCACCUAUUCCACCGUUACUCAGAAACAGUUGGAAGCUAUUACCUAUCCUCAGUGGCAACCUAUGCUAUAUGCAGUUUCGUUUAUGCACAGUGUUGUUCAAGAAAGAAGAAAAUUUGGACCUUUAGGAUGGAACAUCCCUUAUGAAUUCAAUACUGCUGACUGGGGAGCUAGUGUGCAAUUCUUUGAAAACCAUUUAGAUGAUAUGAAUCCAAAAGUUGGUGUUUCUUGGCCAACUGUUCGGUAUAUGUUGGGUGAAGUUCAGUAUGGAGGCAGAGUUACAGAUGAUUAUGACAAAAGAUUAUUGAACACCUUUGCUGAAGAAUGGUUUGGUGAGCACAUGUUUCUUCCUACAUUUGCAUUUUAUGAAGGAUAUGGCAUCCCAUCAUGCACAUCUAUUGAGCAAUAUAUGGAAUACAUUGAUAAUUUACCAGGCGUAGAUACUCCACAGGUGUUUGGAUUACAUCCUAAUGCUGAUAUUGCAUAUCAAAGUAACACUACUAAAGAUGUACUAGAUACCAUUUUAAGUAUACAACCCAAGGACACAGGUGGUGGUACUGGUGAAACUCGAGAAUCUGUUGUAUAUCGUAUGGCCAAAGAUAUGCUUUCUAAACUUCCUCAAAACUACAUUCCUCAUGAGGUGAGAGAGAGAAUAAAAGCAAUAGGUGAUCCUGCAGCCCCAAUGCAAAUAUUUGUGAAACAGGAAAUUGACAGAAUGCAGAAAGUCAUUACUAAUGUGCGUUCCACUCUGAUGGACUUAGAACUCGCAAUAGAAGGAACCAUUGUUAUGAAUGAGAACCUACGUGAUGCUUUGGACAGUAUUUAUGAUGCCCGAAUUCCAAAAAUGUGGGCAAGAGUUUCUUGGGACUCUAGUACCUUAGGAUUUUGGUUCACUGAACUCUUAGAAAGAAAUAAUCAAUUUUCGAACUGGAUUUUUAAAGGCAGACCUAACUGCUUCUGGAUGACUGGUUUCUUCAAUCCCCAGGGCUUUCUGACUGCCAUGAGACAAGAAGUGAGCCGAGCUCACAAAGGAUGGGCCUUGGAUACUGUAACUCUUCACAAUGAUGUAACGACGUUAACUCGAGAAGGAGUGAAAGAUCCACCAAAGGAGGGAGUUUAUGUGUAUGGUUUAUACCUUGAUGGAGCUUCAUGGGAUAAGAAAAACAGCAUACUUACAGAACCUACUCCGAAAAUUCUCUUCACUGCCAUGCCAGUUAUUUACAUAUAUGCCAUCAACUCCACUGAUCCGAAAGAUCCAGCAUUGUACCAGUGUCCUGUUUACAAGAAACCAAGGCGAACUGACCUCACCUACAUUACACCACUUUGGCUGGCAACAGUUGUUCACCCAAAUCACUGGAUUUUACGAGGUGUUGCUCUACUGUGUGAUAUAAAAUAAAUAUUCACUAAAAUUCUCUUUCCCUUUAGAUAUUAACAACGGCAAACAAAU